GCUUAUUUCGCCAGAUUUGCUUUGACGGUGGUUCAUCUAUUGCGCCAUUAAAAAGGAUAUUAAUUAGGAAAACGGUCGUCCCAAUCGUUGACAAGCGAGAGGGCACUUAAUUAGUAUGUUAUGAUGGUACUCUGGACUUCAUUUUCCUCAGCAUAGUGGCCGUGGUGUAUUGGCAGUUAUAUGGACCCCUCGCCGUCGCAGUAACUAUAAAUCUUUCGAAUACUAAUCGUGUGGGCUUCAAAUGGAUUCACCUAUGCUCGUCGGGUUAUGAUGGAUAAUUGAACAAUACGUGCUAAGAUCAGGAACCAAUAUUUUAUCGAAUUUCCUCUUUUUUCUAUAUGUUGGAUUGACAUCGACCGUUACUUAAUUACCUCUUUAAGCUGUGGGGCAAUUGAAUAAAGAGGGUUUUGUGUUGCCACAGCUGAAGGCACCGAUAGAGUGUGAUAUCUAUCUGUUGUCGAGCCACCUUCAACGAAGUAAUGAUGCAUUUCCUGGAGCGUCUAGUCGCUUACCCCCUUCUUCCUGGGAAUCACGUGCAAAAGAAAGUGCACUCUCUGAAGCACACUCUAUAAAGCAAGACAUUCACUGUACGUCAUGUAUUCAUACAGAAGAACGGUCAACAUGAAGACAGGCACGGAGAGAAGGACUCGUCGAGGAGAUAGAGAUACUGUCUGUUGUGUAGCCUAUGAUCAUCCAUUCGCUGUGUUUGUGAUCAUAGCUUUCUUGUUGCUUCUGUCGGUGGCGAUUCUGCACAUGUUUUUACCGAUCUCUCCAUUGGGGCAGGGGUUUUGCACUAAGACAAUGGCACAGCACAAGCCUUCCUACGUUGGCUGUUAUCCCGAUGCAAUACAACCGAAGAAGCGAACUCUAAAAGGAGCCUUUACUACUGAUCUUCGUAAAAUGACAAUCGAGACGUGCCUUCUAUACUGUACUAAAAGAAAUUUUCUAUAUGCGGGUCUUCAAUUCUACAGCGAGUGUUACUGCGGAUCAAAUCUUGAAAGUGAGAAGAUGAACAACGACUCGUUAUGCAAUCUGGAAUGUUCUGGAAAUAAAAGUCAGAUCUGUGGUGGCGCUCCAUACCUGUCGGUCUACCGGCUGAAGAAUGAUCCCGGCCGAGCCCCAAACGUUGUGUCGCAGCCACGGCCAGCAGGACAAGAGGAAGGUCCAAUGAAAGGUUUUCGAGAUGGAUACCGGAGCUGUGCGGAAAGACCAGACGAUUACACUUCCUUCACCAAAUUCAUGGAAGAAAGUGAUAAAAUGACAACCUCUAUUUGUAUUACGAUUUGCGAAAAACAAUCUCUGCCUCUUGCAGCAUUAUUUCGCGGAUCCCAAUGUCACUGCGGCUACCUCACACAUAACUACACCCUUCGUCACACGGUGGAGCCCAGCGAAUGCCAGGAGCCUUGCGCAGGUGAUUCCAGUGUCUUCUGUGGCGGGACAAACUACUAUGCAAUCUACCAAACAGGCGUCGAAGAUUCACGGUGUACCAAUAUAGUGAUGGGGAAGGAGCGAACCUUUCCGCUGAUAACUCUAGCAAGUUUUCCUGGCUCAGGUAACACAUGGGUCCGGUAUCUAGUGGAGAGGGCUACGGGUAUCUUUACCGGUAGCUACUACGACGAUGGAGAUCUCUACAGAAAAGGCUUUCUUGGUGAGAGGGAGAACUGGAGAAAAGGCAACACGAUAGCAGUGAAGACACAUCGCUUUGAUGAAGAGCAUAUCUCAUCGUUUGAUGGCGCUAUACUCAUCAUCAGGAACCCUUACAAAGCCAUCAUGUCUGAACAUAAUCGAAAGUUUGGCGGUCACACUGGAUUCGCCAACGAGAAGCACUACACACAGGGAACAGAAUGGAUCGACUUCGUGGCUGGUAAGUCACGGACCUGGACCAACACAGCCUUGAACAUCCUCCAAUACAGCAAGAAGAUCCUAGUCAUCCAUUACGAGGACCUCCGAAACGACCCGUUCGAAUCGCUCAACAAGAUGGUCCAGUUCCUGGGCCAGCCGCCCAACGAAGAACGGAUCCUCUGUACGCUGAGCUCACCGGACGGCAAGUUUAAACGACGAGAGAGUACCCGGCAGAAACUCAGCUUCGACCCGUAUACGGACGAGAUGAGAGAGGUCCUGUCACUCUAUAUCAAGAGCGUGGAGAUGGCGCUAAAACUGAAAAACCAAAGUGCAUUGCCGAAAGACUACAACCCCCAUCUUAAAUUAUGACACUGAUGGGAAUAAAGAGCGGGAAAUUACAAGGUGUUAAAAAUCUAAGCCAUAGUUAAAAACCUCCAAUCGACUACGGGCAGACUAAAGAGAAAAUAAGAGACAACAAAAUACAUAUCAAAGUAUGGGCAAAAACAUGGAACUCUACUUUCUUUUGGUCUUUACUUUAAAGAAGAAACCGCAUUGAAUCUUGUUACCCUUAUUAAGUGUGUAUUUACUUGUUGGGCCUCUUUGGCCGCCCAUAGUAAAUUGAUGGUUGAGAACACGGUUUAUGUUCAAAUUUUAUUUUGUGAAUUCCAGCCACUGUGCUGUUGUACUAUUGCAAGCAAACAUGUCUUUCUAUAGUCAUUUACAGAUUUUAUCAUAACAAGUUAUUUCUAUAUGUGGUGAUAGGAGUGAAGCAAAAUGACCUGGGCCCCAUUUCACAAAACUUGUCAUCAAUGAAAAAUGACAGUUAUUGUUAUGAGCUAGUGAAUUCCUUGCUUCUGAAUGGUUAUCAGCAGAUUUGUCAUUGACAAAUGGCUUUGUGAAACGGGUCCUUGGUUUAGUUCAGAGGAUGCAAUGAUUGUAUUGUAUGUGUUUUACUUGAGAAUAAAAAAUUCGAUUCAUUGUGCACGGUCAUCAAAUCUAUGCUAAUUCUGAUCUGUAUUCAAUGAAAAUAAACUUGGCGUUAUGAAAUCAAUCUACAUUUAACCUUGGCUUACGUAGGUUGACUUUGCGAUGAAAACCUGGACCAAGUAUAUGCAUUCAAUAAGAUAGAUAAAAUUAAUUAUGUAAUGUGCAAUUAUUUUAUUUUUCUUCAGUGAAUCUGCAUCAGAGGUGGAGGGGGGGGGGGCACGUUCCCCCUCAAUUUUUUUAGGGAGCUGAAAUUUUCCCCCUGGAAAAUUUGAAAAAGUGCACACAAAAAUAUGUUCUUGUAUGCGAGAAAAACAAAUUAUUCUUCAGUUUCACUUAUUAAUUAACGGAUAUUGCAAUAUCGUGACGACUGUGACGUUGUUUUAUUUCGCGAAAUGUGUAUCCAUGUAUCAUGAGUAAUCAUAAUGUUAAUUGCAGCUGUAUUUUUUUUAUGAUGUCUCCAAGAAAAUGCAAUAUAUAGAUUACCCCGCUUGUGAAAUGUGUAUCAUAAGAGACCAAACUGCAUUUUCAUUACAUUCCUAAAUGUUAACGCGUAAUAGUUUUAUUUGGUUUAUUAUUUAUGUGGAAGUUUCAUCGCUUAGGAAUAAAGAGUAAAUAUAUAACAAUAGAUAGAAAAUAACAUAUUCUCAUUUCACUUGGAAGUUAUGUCUGAAUUCAUCAAAUAUAAGUGGUCAAAACAAUGAUUUGACAAGCUUAUUCAAAUAACUAGUCUUCCAUUUCAGACUUCAUCUGGCACUAUAUCAGCUGAAAUAUUCCGUAGUCCUAGGCUCCAGUUAAACUCAAUUAGGAAGAGAUAUAAAACCUAUCUGCACUAGUUUGGCCAGGAGAGAUUAGAACUCCCUGCAUGGUCACUGACGGGUAGUUAUCUCAUCAAAUCAGCUCUCAAUUAUCAUAAGAAAAGGGGAACCAUGGGGAUCAACGGGUACCGCUUAGGUAUUGUUGGCUAUAUAGAGGGCGCAAGUAGCUACAAGUAGUACAGUCCCACUUAAACCUAGUGUAACCUAGUCCAAUGAUUUAUGGAGCGAAAGUUAUAAACCUCUUUACUUUGUACAUAUACUGAACUUCUCUAACUAAUGGAAUGCAUUACGAACCCUGUAAUGAUAUGAAAAUAAGAUAUUGAUUUUAUGUUGACACGACUAUUGUUCAUUCAUUAAUUAAUUUAUCUAUUUAUUAAUUAUUUUGUUAAUAAAUUUAUUUAUUCAUUUAUUUAUUUAUUCAGUUAAUUUUGUAUUAAUUAAUUAAUUAAUUUAUAUGGAUUUAUUUAGUUAGAGAAUUACGGUGAUGUACACUGGGUGGGGAGUUUGACACGUAUAGCGCUCCAUAAAUCAGUAGAAUAAAAUAAUCUACAAUGAAGUUAGUACGCUCGUAAAGUAUGCCAGUCUUUAUGAGCUUUACGUCAUAAGCAAAGCCCCCCCCCCC